AUGCCUCACGAAAUAGCUAAUGAGAAGGGGGAAGCAGAGAAUUCUACUCUAUUGGCCCCCGAGACUAUCAAUGGAGCUGUUUCGCCUAGUCCAAGUGCAACCUCUUUCACUUCUUCUGUCGAGACAAACGGUUCGGACUUUACUUCAUCAUGGGAGAAAUUGCAGGAUGUCUAUUCUCAGAACGUUGGACUGUUCUAUGUACUGCUGGCACAGCUAUUCGCAUCUAUUAUGUCCAUGACAACAAGGCUCUUAGCAACUGGGUUUGAGACAAAGUUCCACGCUCUCCAGAUCAUCUUUGUCCGUAUGCUCGCCACUGCACUAAUCGGAUCUUUCUACAUGUGGCGUGAAAAAGUCCCCGAUUUCCCUUUGGGGCCACGUAACGUUAGAGGUUUAUUAGUGUUGAGAGGCAUGGCUGGAUCCGUUGGACUGUUUGGUCUUUAUUACUCUCUUUCAUAUCUCGACGUGUCCGACGCGACGGUCAUUACUUUUCUUGUUCCCACCCUCACAGCAUUUAUUGCUUGGGUUGCUUUGCGCGAACCGUUUACCUUGAAUGAAGCCUUGGCAGGCCUCAUAGCGUUCACCGGCGUUCUUUUCGUUGCCCGUCCUGCUUUCAUCUUCCCACAAAAUGACUCCUUUCUGACGGGAUCCUCUUCUGACAACGAAGGUGCCGCCAAAGGUAUUCUUUCCGCAGUAAAGGCAACACCCCAUGAGCGCACAAUUGCUAUUUGCUGUUCCAUUUUCGGCUCCAUCGCUGCAGCGACAGCUUACUCAACUAUCCGAGUUAUUGGAAAGCGAGCUCACUCUCUUGUGAGCGUCAACUACUUUGCUGUAUUGGCUACUAUUAGCUCCUUCCUUAUCAUCACGCUUCACCCUGAUUUGCAGUUUGAGGUUCCUAAAAGCCUCGCUGAAUGGGCCAUUCUUCUCUCUAUUGGGGUUUCGGGCUUUCUAUUCCAGGUUCUUCUCACUGAGGGUUUGCAAAGAGAGAAAGCCGGGAGAGCGACCAACCUUAUUUAUGUACAACUUGUCUAUGCAGUCAUUAUCGACCGCGUCAUCUGGGGAACUGUCCCUCCACCUGCCAGCUUCAUUGGCAGUGCUCUUAUCAUUGGGUCGGCUAUUUGGGUGGCCUUGCAAAAGAAGGUUUCCUCAGAGCCGAAGCCAGUGUCCGAUGAGGAGAGAAAUGCUGGACUUGACAAGAAUGGGAUGAAGGAGGCAUAA